AUGGUGUCUCUUCUCAGCUUGCUUACCCUCGCGCCCGCGGUGGUCUCGGCCUUUUCCAUCGGCCGGGUAGGACCAGGCGGUAUCAGACCUGAAAGCCCGCUCGGUCACGACAUCGCACAGAGGGACUCGGCAUGCCGCUGCUUUCCCGGCGAGGACUGCUGGCCGACGGCGGCGGAGUGGGACGCCUUCAACACAACAGUGGGAGGGCGCCUUAUUGCCACGGUCCCCAUCGGCGCAGUCUGCCACGACAGCUCCUUUGGCGCCUACGAUGAGGCCAAGUGCACGGCUCUGCAGAACAGCUGGGCCGAAGCCGAGACGCACAUCCAGACCUCGUCGUCGGUCAUGGCCGCCUUCUUCGCCAACCAGAGCUGCGACCCCUUCCAAGAUCGGACAGACCGCUGCAUCAUCGGCACCUACGUCCAGUAUGCCGUCAAGGCCACCGGCGCUGACGACUACGCAAAGACGAUCCGCUUCGCCCAGGACAACAACAUCCGCUUCGUCAUCCGCAACACCGGCCACGACUACCUCGGAAAGUCCACCGGCGCCGGCGCUCUCGCGCUCUGGACGCAGCACCUCAAGGACAUCAGCGUCCUGGACUACAAGUCCACGAGCUAUUCCGGUAAAGCGCUCAAGAUCAGUGCCGGCGUCCAGGCCGGUGAGGCCCAGGCCGCCGCGCACGCUCAGGGGCUCGUUGUCGUGGGCGGCAACAGCCCGACCGUCGGCAUCGCGGGAGGCUAUACUCAGGGCGGCGGCCACGGGCCCCUCGUCUCAAAGUACGGUCUCGCCGCCGACCAGGUCCUCGAGUGGGAGGUCGUCACCUCGGAGGGCAACACGCUUGUCGCGACUCCGACCGCGAACUCGGACCUCUACUGGGCCCUCUCCGGCGGCGGUGGCGGCGUGUACGCUGCCGUCCUGUCCAUGACCGUCAAGGCGUUCCCCGACACCAUCGUCUCGUCCGCGAAUCUCACCUUUACCAACUCGGGCGUCACGGACGACGUCUUCUACGGCGCCGUCACUACCUACCUGAAGACCCUGCCCACCAUCGUCGACGCCGGUGCCGUCAGCAUCUGGCUUCUCAGCGCCGGCGUGUUCAUGAUGCAGCCCACCACUCUUCCCAACAAGACCAAGGAGGAGCUCCAGGUCCUGCUCCAGCCCACUCUCGACGCCCUCGAUACCGCCGGUAUCACCUACGACUUCAACAUUGGUCAAUAUACCAGCUACCUGGCCAGCUACAACGACAUGAACCCGGAGCCCGCCGUCACCGAGUACAACAUUGGGGGCCGUCUCCUCCCCCGCUCUCUCGUCGCCGACGACGCCUCUACCGCGAGCCUCGUUGACGCGCUGAAGAGCAUCCUGGACAACGGCGGCAUCGUCUCCGGUCUCACCGUCAACGUCGCCCGUCCCGCCAAUGCCAUCGCCAACGCAGUGAACCCGGCCUGGCGCACAGCCCUCAUCUCUGCCGUCGUCGGAACCACCUACAGCCGCUCCGACUUCUCCACCCUCAUCUCGGGUCAGUCCAUGGUCUCGGACACGCUGAUCCCGAAGCUCAAGGCGCUGACGCCCGGCGGCGGUGCGUACCUCAACGAGGCGGACCGCAACGAGGUCGACUUCCAGUCCACGUUCUACGGCAGCGCAAACUACGUCAAGCUCAGGGCGAUCAAACAGCUCUACGACCCUUCCAGCACCUUUUACGCCCUGACGGGUGUCGGCAGCGAGGAUUGGAAGGUGCAGAGCGACGGCCGCCUCUGCAAGGUUGCGUGA